AUGGCCCCCCUUGAGGCGAGCUCCAGGCGGCAAUCUGUGUCCCCUACCAGCUCCGGGAGGGCAUCCCCAAUACCAACAUCUAGAAAAUGGACGACAGAUGAACCUCUACAUAAAGACAAAGCCUACCGCAGAUAUGCGUCUGGGGUCGACCGUUCCCUGUCGUUGUUCGACACGGCCCUUCAGGAAUGGGCGGAUUACAUUUCAUUUCUGGGCCGCUUAUUGAAGUCUCUCCAAGCACAUCCUACAACCACUGUUGCAGUUCCGUCCAAAGCAAUAGUCGCAAAGCGUCUGGCUCAGUGCUUGAAUCCCUCCCUCCCCUCCGGCGUACACCAGAAGGCUCUCGAAGUUUACGCAUACAUAUUCUCAAUGAUUGGAAAUGAUGCUCUUUCUAGAGAUUUGCCCCUCUAUCUUCCUGGGCUUUCAUCUACGCUCUCGUUCGCAUCCCUUUCCGUCCGAACCCCAUUCCUGGACCUCCUCGAGAAAUACCUCCUCAAACUCGAUGGACGAGCGCUUCGUCCUGCCUUGAAAGCUAUCAUUCUUUCCUUGCUACCAGGACUAGAAGAAGAAACAAGUGAGGACUUUGAGCGGACCUUGAAGCUCCUAGACGGAUUCAAGCACGCUGUCAGACCUGCAAACGGAGAGGAGCUCGAGGAAAACCAUAACAGUGGUGAUGGAUACUUUUGGCAGUGCUUCUUUCUGGCAGCUAUAACUAGCAAUGGACGCCGUCUUGGUGCACUGGCAUAUAUGGUUCGCAGUCUGCCGAAACUUGGUCAGCCUACCCCCUACAACGCAUCAACCAAUACUGCCAAUGGAUCGCAUAACGGGGAAGGGGCUUCAAGUUCUGCACGCUUGUCUGAAUUGGUAACGUCUCCUGAGCCAGGACUGCUUUUGAGAUGUUUUGCUGCAGGCCUAGCCGACGAACAAUUGUUGAUUCAGCGAGGGUUUCUUGACCUGCUUGUAACGCAUUUACCGCUACACGCUCACGUUCUACAAAAUCGCGUCAAGACGGAAGAUCUGGAACUUCUGAUAAUGGCUGCUGCUGGAGUAGUCGCCCGGAGAGAGAUGAGCCUCAACAGACGACUGUGGACAUGGCUUCUAGGCCCUGAGCCUGUUGGUAACGAGAACGAAGGUGGGCCAGACUCUCCGACAUCUGUGACCGGAGAUCCUUUGGAAGCACAGUCAGCAUUGAGAACACGCUACUUUGAAGAAUAUGGAUUGCGGCACUUGACAAAAGCCUUGCUAAAAAUGAUUGAACGAGAGGCUACAAAUCCGGUCGACAGAGCGCGGCCUUUCCGAAUCUGCCUUUCUCUCAUGGAUAGGUGGGAAAUUGGGGGCCUUGUGGUCCCUACAAUAUUUUUGCCUAUUGUGAAUAGCGUUCGGACGUACAAAGCCCAGGCGCCUACAAAAAAUGAUUUUUCCGAAGUCCUUCGGAGUGCGAGCGUCUUCUUUGAUGGGGUUGAGAGUGGUCUGAUUUGGGGGGAGAUUGUGGGAUUAAUCGCCCAAGCCAUUGGGACCGGGAAAAUUGCAGUCUCGGAGAGGAUUGACAAGCUGACAUUGGUCAAUUUCACCAUUGCCCAUUUUAAUGUGCGGGAAGAGGAAAUGCUCGUGAUACACGCCCCUUUAACAACUCUAACUAUAUUGGCUAUGCUAGGGGACGCAAAGGCAAAGGCAGGGACCCAGCCAGGUGACGCCAAUACCUCUGAGGACGUGUCGAGACUAGCUUUGAAUACUGCGAUGGAUCUCAUCGAACUGAUUCCAGAGCGAGCUUUUCAAACACGGCCGUCGACGAGCCAGUCUGUCGCUACCACCCACGAUGAGGAGGCGACGCGAAAUUCAACUGAUGUUGAGAUGCUUCACACCAUCAAGAACUUUUACACUCAAGAUCAAGGAAACCUCGAUGCUGUCUCGCCCCCUUUUUCUUCACGCGAUGUUUGUGAGCUUCUCUUGAGGGAAGCCGGCAGCAUUACAAGUCAUAGCUUGUCUAGUCCAGUGUCAAGUGCUGAUGCUGGAAUGAAAACCAAGCUUUUAGUUUUGAUGCUCGCAAAAGUCCCUAAAGUUGAAAGUCUAGAUGUUGCACAUAUGCUUUCAGCCAUGCACAGUAAAUUAGCUGUGCCUUCUCAGCUCCAGUUCGUAGACUUCACUUCCAUCACCUCUCUUGCAACUACCCUUUAUUCAGCAGCAUACAUUUCGGCGGCAGACCUAUCGAGCCUUGUAGGUCCUCUAGUGCGGUUAGCUUGGUCAUACUUGUCGGCUUCGCAGCCAAAAUAUCAUGUGGAGACAGUUCGAGGCCUUUGGCAACUACAAACCAGUCUGUCCCUCUCAAAUCGAGAGGUUGAAGCUGCGAUCUGCUCUCUAAUGGUGGAAAAUGAUAUCAAUGGUACAUUCGCAAAUCGCAAUGCAGACUCCGGCCGGAUCUUUAGUAUUCUUUGGACUCAUACACUUCAAGAUAACUCUGGCAAUCUGGAUCGCAGAGCAUCAAAGCCGUCUAAUGGCGAAACUAAGCGUCCAGCCCGUGUGUCUGGGAUCGGAAAUUAUGAAUUGAUGCUCACCAGGCCUUUAUUCAUACUGUUGGACGCACUCCUUGACGAGCAGACGCAGCUCUUUAUGACGGUAAGAACAUGGCUCCAAAGCCUUGUUGGUAUUGACAAGCUGUUCCAUAUCUUCGUCUCAAAAUUCUCUGGCUUUGACUUCCUUCAGACGAUAUCGGUACAUGGUUCUCAUUCCUUGGGGGAAGACGCACGCAGAUACACCGACGACGACGAUUUAGACCAGUGCCUGUACUACCUUCAAACUUUAUCGAAUAUUUUGCGGUGGUCAUCCGAGAAUAUGUGGGCGGCUCUGGCUGAAAACACAAUUUCUACUGACCCAAGUGAUGCUUCAUUGCAUCGUAUAACUGGCAACGACGGGGAAAUAACACUUCUCGAAUUCUUUUUGCAUGUCUGUCUCCGAGCAAUAUCUGGAACCUAUGAUCUAGAAAACGCCGAAUUAAAACCUCGCGUUAGUCAACUCUAUCGGACAGCCUUGACGACCCUCAAUCGGAUUCUCCUGAGCCCAUAUUCUCUGCAACUUGCCGAACUGCAAUUGGAGCAUGUUUUGAUUGAGCGUUUGACUCAAUCACUGGAUUGGCCAGACCCUUACAUUCAGGUUUUACUACUGGAUGUGGUUUAUGGUACUCUUAAAAUUAGGAAUGCAUCGACACCCGUCGCGGCGCCGUUGUCCCCAUCCACGGAGCACAAGCGAUCCCUCACUCAAGAUAGACCUCAAAGCUCCCGACUUUCAUUGACUAUGGAUCGUGGGGAACAGAUCCCUUCUUCGAGACUUCCUCCUCCUCCAGCGUCGCUGAUAAAUUGUCUCCUAGCAGGCUUUGCUGCUCCCAGUAGUCGGCCAGUCCUCGACAGCUGGGUCAGCUUCCUUACGGAAUGUUUGCCCUUCUACUCCGAGACUAUUUUCCAAAUUAUCAUUCCUCUUGUGGAAACGCUUUGUUCCCAGAUUGGGCACACGUUUGAGAAUUUGCAGGUAACAUUUAAAGAACCUGGUCUGCAUGCCCAAGGCACUACUGCUCCUGAGACAACCCUUAUUUCUCUAUUGAACGGACUUGAACACGUUCUAGCCAGAGGCCAUGACCGUUUGCUUCGGGAUGAGCUCAGGGCUCCUGUGUUCAAGAGCCCAGAACAAGGUCAGGGCUUUUUCGGUAACAUGGUGUCCAAUGUAUUCACAUCCGAAGCUCCUCAAACGAGGAGCGCUACUGCCAACAACCGUCUCACAGUAUUGCUCUCAUUUCAGGAUGCAGUGCGCAUAUGUUUUCUCAUAUGGACAUGGGGAGGACAUGAUGGGACUCUUCAAGACGCAGACUCUUCCGCUUCUUUCACCUAUACAUCUUUACGGAUGAGAAACCGUGCUCGAAGGUUGCUUGAGCAUCUCUUUGCAGCCGAAGCUCUCGAAUGUUUAGAGACUGUUGUGGAAGUGUGGCAGAAGUCGUCCAAUAAUGAUGCUGAUUCGCGAUCGCCGGUCGUCUUCAAUCUCCUCCAUGUACUUGAUGGUUCAAGACCCAAGCACACAAUUCCCGCUAUCUUCAACGCUAUAUACAGUCGUACGAAUCCAUCUGCUCUGGACCCAGCUCGAAAAUCAACGUUGACUUCGUCCCUCAAUGAUACAGAUCUGGUAAUAUUCUUAGUUGAAUAUGCUCGUUCCUUGGAGGACGAUGCUAUGGAUGAAAUCUGGACCGACUGUAUGACAUUUCUGAAGGAUCUAUUAACAAACCCGUUCCCUCAUAGACAAACUUUACCUAGUCUGCUUGAAUUUGCAGCCAUACUUGGUGAAAAGGUUGACAAUACCAACUUCGGUGAGCAGCGAAAGAUGCGAAGAGAUCUAGGUGACCUUUUUCUCCGACUGCUCACUGCAAUAUUCACAACAAGACCGAUGGGAUUCUUAGAGAGCGGCGCGGAAAACGAUGAUCCUGCUUCACCCCGACCAAGAUCAUUAGCAAGAUCUAACGAUGUUGUUGGUAUCCUAGCAUCCAUAGCCCCCAACCUCCCUAAAAUCCUUGUGGAGCCCGAUCGUAUUCUCUCGGCAGCAAACACAAUCUCCAACAGUGUUAUCGGUCCAACUUUCAAAUCCAAAUCGUUCCCUGAUAACGUCUCGAAAAGCACGUUAGAAUUAUUGUAUCAAUUGACUAGACUUACAAAUACCCAGAAGGCUUGGAGGAAAGACUUAGGCGAUGCCUUCAACGAUACGAGGUUCUUUGGCAACUCAGUCUCCCUCGUUGAGAGUGAUUGGCUUCCAUUACUGAAGCAAUGGACCCUGAGUGACAAAGAAAGAAUGCCGGAAAUAUUGUCGCGCAUUGUGCCUCCUAGCACAGCGGGGAUAGUUUUCGGUGUUGGUGCCACAUCAGCCAGGCUUGAAGCCGAUCGAAAGACGCAACUAAACCUGCGCCGGGUCGCAACCCUUGUUCUAGCCACUAUGGACGAUAAUUUUGUGACGGAUCUAUCAACCAUGCAAGAGAAAAUCGUCGAACUUCUGGCCGCAACUACAACCACAUCUCCAUCUUCAAAUACUCGAGCAGAUAUAUAUCUCCUGCUUCGUGCAUUAUGUCUCAAGACAUCGGCUGUGCAUCUGGCCACUCUAUGGCCCAUAGUCAAUGCUGAGCUCCACGCAGCCAUUGCUUCGGUCGUAUCGCCAGAUCACAGCGCCGCCUCCGAGACCUUCAACAACACCUGUGUUUUGCAGGCAUGCAAGCUUUUGGAUACAUUAAUAUGCAUCGCACCCGACGACUUCCAGCUUCACGAAUGGCUCUUCAUAACCGAUACAAUCGACGCUGUCUACCGACCAGCAAACUUUCACCCUGUCUCUCUCGUCGACGAACUAUCUGAAGAACUAGGCUCCACAGCCUUAGCUUCCGCAAUACAGACAGAAACCUCAGCUAUGCAAGCAUCGAAGAGCUCUACCCGACGACCACUGAUAGGGCCAGGCGGUAUCAGUGAUGAGGGGCCUUGGGAGAGGAAAGAUGAGCUGGUAGGGAAGGUGUUGAGGCCAUUCUUUUCGCAGUUGAGCAUUUUUGCGUUUGAGAGUACGUACUCAAUGGGGGCACCGGAUUUGGGGGCUUGUAAGUCGGCACUUUUGGCGGAUUUGUUUGAUGAGAGGAGCAUUGUUAAGGCAUUGUAG